ACACGGCGGAGGAUUGAACCGCAAAAAAUAUAGAGAGCGGAAUCAACGUUAAGGUGAAUGUUUUUUCAUAGAUUAAAGUUGAUAAUCUCGUUUAUUACGCUAUAAAGCGCGCAUCGGAGAUACGAGUAACACGUCCAGUCAUUUCGCUAAAAUCGUAAAGGUUAACUUUAACUUUAACAAUGACGUGAUCGUUAGCUUGUUUUGUUUUACGUGGCUAACGGACAGGACAGUGCAGUCAAAGUUAUUUUACUUUUACACAUGUCUCGUUUACCCGUGAUGUCAAGCAAACGGGUUCUUACGAACAGCAGCGGCUCAGAGAACGGACAAGACAUGGCUCCAGCUCAGAAAAGGAUUCGUAAGGACCCAGAAUCUGCCAAACCUCAGGCAGCAGCUACAAUCGUUGGAGGCAGGCGGCCUCCUGCUGCAGCAACAACAACCAGGGCACCUCUGUCAAAGCCAGUCAGGAGUGUGGGAGCUGCCACUGUGGCUGUUGGUCCUUCCAGAGGUGUCCUGAAAUCAUCGACAGCUGCAGCAAAGGGAGGCAACGUGAGACAACCAGUCGCAUCCACUGCCCCAAAGACAGUCACAGGUGGGGGCAGCAACACUCGACGGCUUCCAUGGGACCUGAAGGGUAAGGUCUCUGACAUGGAGGGAAAGAUCCGUAACUACCAGACCAAGUUUAAAUCUGUCAACCAGGAGAAUGAGGAUCUGAAAGGCUCCAUGGUCCAGACUCAGUCAAAAGUGGGUGCUUUGCAGAAGGAGCUACAGAGCCAGAGGAAUCAGAUCAGUGCGUAUGAGGAGGAGCUGCAGGAUCUGGCUGGAGUCCGGGAUGAGUUGGAGAAAGUGUCCAGUGAGAGGAGCACUCUUCAGAAGGAAUUCUCCAAUUUAGAGGGCAAAUACAAGGUCAUGGAGACUCUGAGAGACAGCCAAGAGACGGAGCUACAAACCCUCAAGAUGAAACUUUCAGUGCAGGAGUCGACCCUGACUCGCGUGCAGGCAAAUCUCAGAGACCGAGAAGAAGAGGUCCACUGUCUCAAAGAGACUGUGGCCCAGCAGAAGGACGAGCUUCAUGGCGGGGAAAUGGAGCGCAGGCGGCUUCACAACACCAUUCAGGAGCUCAAGGGUAAUAUCAGGGUGUUUUGCAGAGUGCGCCCCCUGCUGACUGGAGGCCUGACCAAACACAUCCAGCUACCAGCCUGUGACAACAAGUUGAUAACGCUGGCCAAAACAGAGGAGUCUCACACAGGAAAAACUGCAGACACCCAGAAGAACUACAACUUUAAUUUUGACCGUGUGUUUGGCCCCGGGACUUCACAACAAGAGGUCUUUGAGGAGAUCUCUUUGCUGGUGCAGUCGGCACUCGACGGCUACAACGUCUGCUGCUUUGCCUACGGCCAGACAGGAAGUGGAAAGACAUACACCAUGGAGGGAGAUGAGUUUGAUGACGCCAGAGGAGUCAUCCCCAGAGCCGUGCAGCAAAUCUUCAAAGCAGCAGAGAAGCUAGGAGCUCAAGGCUGGGAGUUCGCCUUUACCGCGAGCUUCGUUGAGAUCUACAACGAGACCCUGCGAGACCUCCUCUACACCGGCAAAGCCAACAAGAGGCCCGAGCACGAGAUCCGCAAGUCCACCAACAACGAGGUGACCAUCACCAACCUCACCUAUGAGAAGGUCGCAAAUGAGGAUCAGGUUCACGGCCUGAUUGCACUGGCCAAUCAGAAUCGCUCCACAGCCCAGACGGCCCAGAAUGACCGCUCCUCCCGCUCGCAUUCAGUCUUCCAGCUGGAUAUUGAGGGAGUGAACACCGGCCGGGACAUUAAAUGCAAAUCCACCUUGUGCCUGGUGGACUUGGCUGGCAGUGAGCGAAUGAUGAAGAGUCAGUCUCAGGGCGAGCGCUUCAAAGAGAUGACGGCCAUCAACGGCUCCCUGUCUAACCUGGGCAUCGUUAUCGCGGCGCUGGCUAACAAGGAAAGCUAUGUUCCGUACAGAAACUCCAAGCUCACCUACCUUCUGCAGGGCUGCUUGGGAGGAAACAGCAAAACCCUGAUGUUUGUGAACAUCGCUCCAGAGACAGACAGCUUUGGAGAAACUCUCAACUCGUUGAGGUUUGCCAGCAAGGUGAACGACUGUGUCAUUGGGACUGCAAGUGCCAAUAGGAAGUAGAUUGAAGCUCGGAGAAAACAUCUUUCUUUUUUUUU